CCUCACUUAAGCUGCCACUGCAAUGUUUAAAGUCCACUUUAGAGACUAUACAUAUCAGUCUCACAGCAGAGUGAACCCUUUCAGGCCUGUGUGUUCAGUUGAUCCAGAUUCUCCAGAUUUAAACACAGAAUGAAGUUGCUUUUUGGUAUUUUUGUGGUUUGCUUGUCCCUUGUUAUGGGGACCUGCACAGAAGAUACAACUCAAAAUAGCACAACUGGCCAGAACCCAGAAGAGGACUCGUCUUCGGACUGGGGCAUCGGAACAAUUCGAGAUGGUUUUGAGGCAGUAAAUGGUGUUUUCGACUCAUUUUUGGAACUACUGGGUGGAAGAAAUGGGGUUUGUCAGUACAAAUGCCGAUAUGGUAAGUACAGUAUUAGUGGUGAUCUGCAUGUUUGUCUAUAAUGGAACGUGAACAGAAUAAUUAUUGAUUUGCCGGAAAAAAAAUAUGCAAAGAGAACAUACAAAGUCAAUUAUUUAAUACCAACAAAUUAAUAAUUUUAUCACAGUGCCUUUCAAAUCACUUCUCAGUUUUUUUUCAGAGGAAAUUUUCUUUGGGUUUCUAAUCAAAACCCUAGACUCGCCUUAUUCUGAAUCUAAAAGAGAUCAUAUUUAAUAAUCACCUGUUCUCACACAAAUUUCUUUGUUGUGCCUCUUAAUUUCUUCUCUAUUUACUAUGGAUUUGUUUUAGCUCUCUUUAUCUGUCCUGGAUUGGUUGUUGUAAAACAAGGUCCAGAUUAGGUGUUUGCAACCUUCGGAACUCCAGAUGUUGUGAACUACAUCUCCCAUAGUGCAUUUACAGCCAUAAUGCUGGCAAAGCAUCUGGGAGAUGUAGUGAACAACAUAUAGAGUGCCGAAGGUUGCCUACCCCUGGCCUAGACAGUCAAGGCUAUUCGAUAAAGUGUGAAUUAUUGGGAAGCCAGAAUAAUCAAUUAAAAACAUAGCAGACAUGGACAUUUUUCCAGUUCUUCUGUUUUGUACUACAUUUUAAAAUUCCUGACAGUUCAUACGCCGGUGAAUAACCGUGCAUAGAUUCAAGCAAAUCAUUAAUUUCUUAUUGUAUCAUUAAAAUGAAUGCAGACAUUUUAUUUAGUCUGGUGCCUUGGCAACUAUUAAGGAUUUACCAAACUAUUGGGCCUAUAAUAUAUACAUGACAGAUUGAAAGCACUGGGUUGGCAUUUUGCAUCUAUAUUUUAAUGCAAUCAGUGCACACUCUGUGGGUCAUUACAUUCAUCAGAUGUCCUGGGUUCAGAAAUAUUGGUCUAACUUUUCUCAAAUACUCCAGAGUAAAUUUAAUGGAAUUUUGUUUCAGAAGCUAAAUUUAAGGUAAAUACAACACACCGUAGUUGGCGUGACAUUACCUUAUUAUCAGUCCUCUGCCUAUUUUAGUAAAUAGCACAGCAGUUCCACUGCGAUAAAUUCAAGACUUACUUAUAAAUGUUGUUUCUGGCAAGAAUCAUAGCUGUAGUUUAACAAUAUCUCCUACGGGAUUACAGUUUUCCUGAAUAAAUUGGUGUUGGCUUUAUCUUUCUUAAUCAUUUAUAUUUUUUUGCCUCUGUGUGCAGCAAGAUUAGUGAGUUAUGGGAGCAGAAAGGCACUGUAGCGUUGCCAAGCAUUAAAUAUUUUUAUUGCUAGUAAUGAGUCUGCCGUUAAUUAGGCAGUGUGUGGCUGACAAACACUAAACCGUUGAUCAUCAAUAUCAAGAGAUAUAUAACCAGAGUGGAUUACAAUCAAUGCCCUUUAAAAAAAAAAAAAAGCAAAAAAAAAAAAAGCAGGGUCUCCAGGAAGGCCCAAUUCCGUGACAAAAAAGAAUGGAUGCAUCUGGAACUGUGAUUAAAUGGGAGACUUGACUAGUAGUCCAAUUAUCCUCUACCCAAUGUGUGAGGGAGUGCAGAGUAUGCUCACCUUCAUAGAGGCUUGACUAUUCCAUUCUGUAUGUAGUGGGUUAUGGAGACUUCAAGUAUCCUAAAUCACAAAUGAAAGGAUAAUUUAGACCUGUGCAUUCUAGAGCCCACUGAGUCUGCACCAUGCUUUCACGACUUAAAAAUAUAUAAAAUAGGUGGUACCCAAAUACCAAUGCUCUCCUGUACCUGCUAGAGCCAUAUUAUCCAUAAGAUGGCAUAGCCGGAUGCCAGGGGCCCCUGUCUGAGCAUGGUGCUCCAGCUCUGGCAGAGAGACCAAUAAAUCUCCAUGCUUGGCACUGUGCCCUCUCACCUGUUUGAGGAAGCUUUGUGGUCUGCACCUCAAUUGGGUUGCAAUCUUCCCAUCGCUUCUUGAUGACUCUGAACACAUAAGCCAGCCCUCUGAGUGCCAGACCAUGAGGAAGCUACUGUCACCUUCUGGUGUCUGCAUAUUUUGUAAAGAUCCCAAUGGUGACAUGUGGUGGCCAGUGGAGGUGAGUUAUAGUUACCUGAUGCUGUCCCCCACUGGCACAUCUUUGGCUUCAUCUGCCGGGAGACCACAGCAAUGCUGUAUUUGCACAAUGUGGGGAUCCUGCGGGAGCUCUGAGGAAAAUAAAGUACUCACAUUGAUUGAGUUGGAAUUUCACUGAAAUUUCAAACCAGUCAAACGAUAUACUAAGACAAAGUAAGGGACUACUUUUUCCUCUGUGUAUUUCUUAUGCUUGGCAAACGGAGGAGUAACCUUUUGUCAAGCUUGUCCUCUCCCCAGCCAUCACCAGUGAAGGCUGUAGGGGGGAAAAAAGCACUGCUUAUGGAGGUUCCCACGGCUCCUCUACAGAACUCAGAAUUCAUAGAACUUGCAUACAUGCAUGAGAGUACAGAGCUGCCAUUGGCUCCUGGCAGUUGAAGCACUAGGAGAGGAUGCAGUAAAUAAAGAUGGCAGAACCUGCGAGGGACAGGUUCAAGUAGGUAAAUCUUACCUUUACCUGCCACAGUAAUGCAUGUAGUGUGUGUACUGGAUGCAGUGUCUGUGUUUGUGUGGUGGAUGCAGUGUCUGUGUUUGUGUGGUAGAUGCAGUGUCUGUGUUUGUGUGGUGGAUGCAGUGUCUGUGUUUGUGUGGUAGAUGCAGUGUCUGUGUUUGUGUAGUGGAUGUAGUGUGUGUUUGUGGUGUUGUAUAAGGGCUGUGGGGGGUGAGCAGUUUAAAAAAAAUAUAUAAUGAAGUAAGUUUAGUGCCCCCUCCCUGCCUCUUACUUGUGAUCAGGGAGGGGAGACUCUAGAUUCCCUCCUGGUCUGGGGGCACAGCAUGUUGUACGCUGAAGAGGGGGCCCUGUAUUCCCCAUUUUCCACCUCCUUCUCCCUAAGUUGUGUGCCGAGGAUAUGCUGCCAUGGCAACUUGUUCGUGAGAGGCUCACGCGACCGUGCGUGUGACGUCACAACGUCGAUGCACACUCACAUUCUGGGGUCAGUGGUCACCCUCUGACCAAUCACAGGAAAAGGAGGGAUAUUUAAAUCCCUGAAAUUCACUGAUUCAUUGCCCUGUCAUGGUUUCCAUUCCUGGUUCCCAAGAGUGCCUUUUCUUGUCCUGUUUUUGAUAUUCCCGGUAUUUUGACCUUGGCUAUUCCUGACUAUUCUGGUUUCCCUGACUUGGCUUGUUAAACGAUAUUGUGUAUUUCUGGCUUCCUUGACCUCAGCUAUCCCUGUACCAUUCUCUGUCUUUAACGUAUUAGUCCACCCAUUUUAAGGACCGGUUUACAUUCUAUCCUUUUCUGUUCUGUCUAUGUAGAUGUUACAUAGUUCUGCAUUUUGGACCACACUAGCAGUUGUGACAUAAGCACAUUAGGAGUAUAGGGCUUGGACCCUAUACAGCUGUACCCCCCUGACAGCGGCUCUGGGCAGAUUACAAGAUCAGAGGGAGACUGGCCGCUGGGCCGGUGACAAACGUCAUGGUUGCCAUGCCCUGAUGGUGGCCCUGAUUAUACACUUACAUUUGUCAGGGGCCAGAAACAGCUGCUGCCGUGCUCUCUCUGUGCUGCUCCAAAGAUAACGUCUUGCUUCUCUCUCUUGUGGACACUGUAACCCCACAUCCUGGUACUAACAGCCAAUGAUGGCCCUGAUUGGAGAGGCCAAAUGAAUAAAUCCACUCAUGGGCAGCCAGCUCUGCUUCCCAAAUUGGAGUUCAAUAAAAAUUCCUGACAUUUUUUCUUAAAAGACACUCUGCAUGUGCAAAACCUGCUGAAUCAGGAAAUAUUUCAAACCAACCCCAUUUGUUUUUAAAUGACAACAUGCUCUUAAGUACGCUUCUCCAAACACCUUCCAAUAAGGAGGGAGGGGCCCUGCAGAACUAAAACCUAUUACAGAAUGAAAGAGACUCAAGGUUUUUUUUUUCUUCGUAUGAUUGGGGGCUUAGCACUCUCCCCUUCACAAAAAGAAUCUUUGUUUCUAAACUACUGCAAAUACACUCCCCCCACACAUAAAAACUGGUGGGGCACUGCCCAAAGUGCCCCAAUGGAUGAGCCUUCCCAUUAUCAUCUAUAGCAGGGGUUCCCACCCGUGGAACCCUUUGACAUAGUGUGUCAACAUCACGGAAACCUCCGCCCCCGCUCCCCCUCCUCACUGGAAUUUUUUUUUUAAAUUGCACCAUUUUUUGCAUGUGCCGGUGUGUAUAUCUGUGCUUGUAUGUGCCAGUGUGUGUAUCUGUUUGUGUGUAUAUAUCUGACACACAGAUACACACACAUACUGGCACAUAGUGGCACACAGAUACAUACAGUGACACACAGAUACACACACCUUGACACACAGUGUGUAUUUGUGUGUGUGUGUGUUUGUAUGUAUCUGUGUGUCAAAGUGUGUGUAUCUGUGUUUGUAUGUAUCUGUGUAUCAAGGUGUGUGCAGUGGGGUACAUACAACCCAUGGGGCCCCGGUACGAAAACUACGCAAAAACUUACUCUGCGCGGGCUGGGGCCGCAACACAUGGCAGCGGGCACCUGGUCGCAGGGCUGUGACCUCUGCGACAGCGGUAUGUACGCCAGUGCAUGCAGAUACACAUACACUUAAAGGACCACUACAGAUCACAUCAGCUCAAUGAAGUCUGAGGUCUGGGUGCCAGGUCCCUCUAGUUUUAACCCUGCAGCUGAAAACAUAGCAGUUUCAGAGAAACUGCUAUGUUUCACUGAGGGUUAAUCCAGCCUCGAGUGGCUGUCUCAUUGACAGCCGCUAGAGGAGCUUCCGCGAUUCUCACGGUGAAAAUCACAGUGAGAAGAUGCUGAACGUCCAUAGGAAAGCAUUGAGUAAUGCUUUCCUAUGGGCGGUUUGAAUGCGUGCGCGGCUCUUGCUACGCAUGCGCAUUCAGAGCUGAGAGGCGGAUCAUGGCAGAGAGAUCCCCAGCGCCAAGGGAGCCCGGCGGUGGAGAAAGGUAAGUGCUUAAGACACACACACUCUCACGAACAGACGCAUACACACUAGCUAACAGACACACACAUUUACUGACAGACACACACUCAGUGACAGACAUACAUACACACUCACUUACAAAACACACACUCACUAACAUUCGCACACAAACUAACACAGUAACAGACACACACAGUAACACACUCACUGACACACUCUAACACUAACACACUAACACACACACUCUAACACACUAACACACACACACCGGGAUGCCGGCGCCAGAAGAUGUCAUCUUCCGGCUCCGGUAUCAGUGCGGUGCACGAGGGAGCUGAACAGGAAGCACUUAGGGGAGAGUGUUCCCUCGCGUGCCUGCCAGCCUGCCUGCGGGGUGCCUGCCAGCCUUGGGGGGCCCUGAGGUGGCCAGCUCCUGGGCCCCCCAGGAGAAGAGGCUGGCCACACUGGCAUACAUACCGGGUCGAAGGGCGGCCGGGCCCCCUGGUGGGCCGGGCCCGGUCGCAGCCGCGACCCCGGUAUGUACGCCACUGGAUGUGUGUAUCUGUGUUUGUACACACACAUGGCAGAUAGUUGCACACAGAUACACACACCUUGACACACAGUGUGUGGAUCUCUGUGUGUGUUUGUAUGUAUCUGUGUGUCAAGGUGUGUGUAUCCAUGUUUCAAAGUGUGCGCAUCUGUGUUUGUAUGUGCUGGUGUGUGUCAAGGUGUGUAUAUCUGUGUUUGUAUGUGCCAGUGUGUGUUAGUGUGAAUCUGUGUGUGUGUGUGUGUGUGUGUGUAUAUGUAUGUAUAUAUAUAUAUAUAUAUAUAUAUAUAUGGAUCUGACACACAGAUACACACUGACACACAGAUACACACACUCAGAUACACACUGACACACACAUCUUGACUAACAAAUACACACACGCACUCAGAUACACACAGUGACAUAUACACACACUUGCAUAUACACAAACUGAAACACUCACUCACACACACACACACACACACAAACACACUGAUACACACUGGCACAUACACACACUUAGAUACACACAGUGACACAUACACAAACCUUGACACAUACAUACACACACUCAGACACACAUACACUCUCACUGACAAACACACACACUCACUGACAAGCACACAUUCACUCUCACUGACAAAAACACAUAUACUCUUUGACAGACACACAAACACAUACAAACUCCUUACCAGACACAUACAAUUUUUUUGGUUUUUUUUACAUUUUACUCCACCCAGCCCCCCUACCUUUAGGAGUGCUGGCAUGGAGUCCCUGGGGUCCAGUGGGGCUGAUGGGCAGCUGGUGAGCGGUCCCUGGGGUCCAGUAGGGCUGCUGAGUGGCUGGCAUGCAGGCAGAGUGGGAGCAGUGAUCUCCCUGCUCAGCUCACUCGCAAGCCUCUUAGUGAUGCCGGAGUGUUGUCAUUGCUCACUGCUCCCUCGCCUCCUGCGGCCAUUUUAUUUUUCAAGCUUUUGGCGGAACAUCAAUUGGGAAACGCUGAUCUAUAGUAAUCUAUGGGUUUGAUUUUUACAUUUUAUGUACACUCGAGAGUCCUGCACCAUAUGUAUAUAUAGAUUUUAUAUCCAGUAAUUGGUACCCAGGUUUUAUUGGUGUUGAGAUUGUUCCAGAAGGUGUUUUAGAAGUUCCAAGAGAUUGUUUUUUUGUGUGUAUACAGUAUAUCAUUCACAAGGGGAUAGUGCGUUUUGCAUAUACAUUUUGUGUCAUCACCUGGGAAACUCUUUUGUAUAUGUUCCAAGGAGACACUGGUGAUCCUUUAUUUCUGGUGUCAGAUAAAUAGGUGACAUUUCGGGCACACAAGGCCUUUAUCAAACCAAGUUGUUGUAUGUGUGUGUGUGUAUAUUCAUUUAUUUUUUUCUUUUGGUUUCCUAUUCAUUCUUAUUCAUACAAUAAACUUAUUUUUGUGUUUUAACCUUUGGAUUUUCAGAUGAUGCAAUGUGUUGCAAUUUACCAAUUCAAGUCAGUUAUCUGUAACUCAAAGCACAAUCAAAGCAGAUUAUCGAUAGCUGAUAAUGUGUGUGACUAAUCACCUCAAAAACCAUAUAUAUAUCUUUUUUUUUUUUAAUUCGUCCUGAUGAAAGUCCCCUUGGUGGGACUGUGGUUGGCUUAUUUUAAAGGAACACUAUAGUCACCUAAAUUACUUUAGCUAAAUAAAGCAGUUUUAGUGUAUAGAUCAUUCCCCUGCAAUUUCACUGCUCAAUUCACUGUCAUUUAGGAGUUAAAUCACUUUGUUUCUGUUUAUGCAGCCCUAGCUACACCUCCCCUGGCUAUGAUUGACAGAGCCUGCAUGAAAAAAAAACUGGUUUCACUUUCAAACAGAUGUAAUUUACCUUAAAUAAUUGUAUCUCAAUCUCUAAAUUGAACUUUAAUCACAUACAGGAGGCUCUUGCAGGGUCUAGCAAGCUAUUAACAUAGCAGGGGAUAAUUAAAUUAAUUAAACAGAACUUGCAAUAAAGAAAGCCUAAAUAGGGCUCUCUUUACAGGAAGUGUUUAUGGAAGGCUGUGCAAGUCACAUGCAGGGAGGUGUGACUAGGGUGCAUAAACAAAGGGAUUUAACUCCUAAAUGGCAGAGGAUUGAGCAGUGAGGCUGCAGGGGCAUGUUCUACACACCAAAACUGCUUCAUUAAGCUAAAGUUGUUUUGGUGACUAUAGUGUCCCUUUAAUAUGAAUUAAUAAAGCUAAGUAUUAUUCAACACAUCAUUUCCAUUUUGAAGUACUUUGAGUGUGGUCAUAAUUUUGUAUUUUGUUAGACCAGCAACAGGCACAAACUAUUAUUUUUUCCAGGAGUGCAAGCCUUUUGGAUCACUAUAUCAAACCAGGUUGAUAUAUAUUUUUUGUAUUUACUUUUGUUAUGUUUAUAUACCUUAAUUAAAAGAACAGCACUUCAAGUACAACUUUCCAGUUUAUAAAAAAUUGUGUGUGGGGGGAAUCUUACUCAAGAUAUUUUUGAUGGGAUUGUGGGAUAUAAGGAAUCAAACACGGGACAAGGACUGGGGGAUCCACUGUCCUAGUGUUGGAAAUGACAGAGAUUGCCCAAGCAUUCUGGUCCCAAUACUAAAACUAACCUCCCACCCAUCCUAUUAAUAGGACCAGAGCCUGAUCAGUCAUGUGGUUCCAAAGAGUUAAACAUAACCCCACCAGUAACUAAAGUUCUGCAAGCUGCAAACCUAACCCAAGUACCACCUGCAACUGGACCUUAAAGGGAUACUAUAGUCACCAGAACAACUACAGCUUAUUGAAUGUGUUCUGGUGAGUAGAAUCAUUACCUUUUCAGAGAAAAUGCAGUGUUUACAUUACAGCCUAGUGAUAACUUCACUGGCCACUCCUCAGAUAGCUGUUAGAGAUCUUUCCUGGGUCAUGGCUGCCUAAAAUGCAUCCAAACAUUCAGUAUCUCCUCCCUCUGGAUGCAGACACUGAACUUUCGUCCUAGAGAUUCAUUGAUUCAAUUAAUCUAUAUGAGGAGAUGCUGAUUGGCCAAGGCUGUGUUUGAAUUGUGCUGGCUCUGCCCCUGAUCUGCCUCCUUGUCAGUCUCAGCCAAUCCUAUGGAGAAGCAUUGUGAUUGGAUCAGGCCACAAUUUCUGAUGAUGUCAGCAGACAGCUUGUUUUUCUGAGGCAAACCGCAUGCAGAGCUGCAGCUUCAGGCUUGAAUACAAGUAAGAUUUUGCUAUAUUUAUGGAAGCAUGAGGGGCCCAGAGGGGGCUAGAUGGUGGUUUUAACACUAUAGGGUCAGGAAUACAUGUUUGUGUUCCUGACCCUAUAGUGUUCCUUUAAAUAUGAUCAUACUAAAAACAUUAAUCAUGACCUUGCCACCCCUUUACAGGAGGUUUAAAAAACAUUGAAGACCUUUAGUUGACAUUGGCUUUUAUAUUUACAUUUCAGUUUUGAAGGGCCUUCAAUUUACUAUGACUAUGUGACUGGCAAAACUGUGUGAUGUAUAUGUCAAUUACAUCAUACAUCAGGUUGUUUUGGGAUAAAGCUUAGCCCCAUUUCUGCAUCAACACACAAUUUCUGGCACUUACCCCAACAACCCAAGUCCCUGUAAUUUAUAUUGCAUAAGGUUCUUAAGGAUUAAUGGCUAAACGUGCUCAUGUUCCCUAAACAAAUAUUUAAAAAUAAAUUAAUUACAAAUUUAAAAUCAGGAAAAAAAAUAAGACUAUUGACAGGAUAUGUUUAAAAAUGCUGAUAGUAUGACCUGCCAAUGGCAGUCAGAUCAAAACUCUGUAUGAAAAUGCCACUUCUGCCUUUAGUAUUGUGGGAAUAUAAUUAAUACUAUGUCUAUGGACAACAAUGACUUAGAAUGGUUCAUCCAGAUUUGAUCACCUUACCAGUAAGUGUUUUUUAAGUAAGACACCUAACAAUAUUUAUCCACCUACCUCAAUUACUCAUAGACUGCACACUCUAUACCUGUAAAGCACAGUGAAAUAUGUUGGCACUAUAUAAAUGCUAAUAUAUAUAUAAUUCAUGUAAUGUGUUAUAAUUUAAUGGAUGUUUCUAAUAUACUAAUAGGAAUCUUGGUAAUUUACUUAAUACAGGUAAAGCUCCGUUACCCAGACCAGACUACAAACCUCCUGAACCCAAUGGCUGUAGUUCCUAUUUCCUUGGUCUCAAGGUACCCGAGAGUGUAUGUACAGCUAACACCUUCUGUAUUUAUAGCAUGAUUCUAUAACACACCUUUAAUCAUUAACCAUGUCUAAUUUAAACCAAUUUUUAUAUAGGCACUCGAUUAUUAAGUUACUAUACAAACACUGAUCAAAAUGUACUGAAAAACAAACGUGGGCAUUCUGUGAUUCCAGGUUUGCCAUAUUAGCCCAAAGGUACCUAUAGAUUUUGAGUAAUCAGCAGUAAGUUCUUGAGUUGCAAUGGAAUCCAUAUAGCACUAGAUUAAUCUCGACUUGCAGCUAUAGAAAAGAAACAUGAUGGGGAUAAAAGGCAAAGUUUCCCAGGAUUGACCAUGGUUGGUCAUGUUUGCUGGACACUUUCAAAAGACCACAGGGAAUCAGUUUCUUGAUCACUUGUGCUUGUGUGAGAACAUUUGCUAUUAAUGGAACACUGUAGUCACCAAAACAACUUUAGCUGAAUGAGGCAGUUUUGGUGUAUAGAUCAUGCUCCUGUAGUCUCACUACUCAAUUCUCUGCUGUUAAGGUAUUUAAUUUACCACACCUCUUUGCAAGCAAUAUGCACAUCCUUCCUGAACACUUCCUGUAAAUGAAAAUCUAAGGUUUACACUUCCUAUAUUGCAAAAAUUAGAAAAUUAUCUCCUGGAAAGGACAAGGCAAACUGAUAUGCACUGGGUGUUCUGACUCCUUUCUAUCAUGGCUAGCAUUAAGUUUUUCAGCAAUCUGAGCUACAGUAGCCUUUCUGUGUGAUCGACCACAAAGGCUAGCCUUCUCUCCCCACGUGCAUCAAUGAGCCUUGGGCACCCUGAUGCGGGACCACUGGUUGUCCUUCCUUGCACCACUUUUAGUAGGUACUAAUCACUGCAUACCAGAAACACCUCACAAGAUUUGCCGGUUUGGAGAUGCUCUGAUCAGAUUAUUAAAACUGCAAUAAUUACAUUCUAAGUGUUAGGGGUGAUGGGAGUUUGCACCCAGACCACUUCAAUGAGCUGAAGAUGUCUGGGUGGCUACAGUGUCCCUUUAACUCCCAAAUAGGAACCCACUCCUGUUGCCAUCAUAUCCUCUCAUCUCUCUUUACUUUCUCAUAUAUUCUAUCUAAUCUAUCUAUCUAUCUAUCUACAGUGUGUGUGUGUGUGUGUGUGUGUGUGUAUAUAUAUACAUAUAUGCCCUGGUGGGCUCCCCAGGCCACUCUUCACAUGUAUAGAGAAGAGGAGCCCAGGGGACAAUGGCAGGACCUCUCACGAGCCACGACUGUCAGAGCAUUUCCAUGGGUUACCACAGCAACAGUCCAAAGCAACACAAUGCCGAGGCUCGCCACAGAGGGAGAGGACCUGUCACUUGCUGGACUGGAUGGUGAAAACUGGAGUCUCCUGGGCUCACUCUUAACUAUGUAAGGCAGCUGGCAGCCUGCACAGUCCUACUGGACUACCAAGGGAAUGUAGUAAGAGCCAGGGAGGAGAAAAUAAACUUAUAUUAUUAUAUUUUAAUAUUAAGAAUAAAUAUAUAUAAUAAUUUUUAUUAUUAUUAUCGCCAUUUACAUAGCGCCAACAGAUUCCGUAGCGAUUUACAAUAUUAUAAGAGGGGGGAUUUAACUAUAAAUAGGACAAUUACAAGAAAACUUACAGGAACAAUAGGUUGAAGAGGACCCUGCUCAAACGAGCUUACAGUCUAUAGGAGAUGAAAUCCAUGCAUUAUAAAUUCAUAGGAAAUGCUGUGUUCAGCUGCUGCAGUAUUACUUGUAGGCCAGUAGGUGGUGAGCUACACCAGGUCAGAUCAGUAGGAGUAAAAGCACACAGAAUGCUUAUUUCCUAAAAUAAAGGCUAUGUAGUUAUUGAACAUUUAUUAUAUAGCACCCUUCAACUAGAGUUGUGUUGGUGGCUUUGACAUAUGAGACAUACCUAUAGAGUGCAUUAAUGGAGUCAUUUUAGUUCAUUUUACUUGGUAAAUCUACUCCUCUAGAUUUGGUAGAGAUAUCCAUGAUGAUUGUUGUAGAUUACCAAAUGGAGUAUUGUAUACUACCUGCUCUUUUAGAAUACUGAAGUGAAAAUGAAUGUGUGAAAGAAUUUGUAAAAACACUUGAUUGUUGACCGCACAGCCCCUUUCAUGACUGUGCCAAUUAUUGCUUUUACAAAUUAAUUUAAUCCUUGACUGUGUGUGUGUGUUUCAUUUUUAAUGUGUAUCUUAAGCUUAUUCCGUCCUAUGAUUUAAAUUUCAUAUAAACAAUCUCACAUUCCAUGUCACCUUAAAUGUCAUAGUUUACCAUUCGCUUUAAAUAUCUCAUUUCCAUACAAUAUUUAUCUAUCCACUUGCCAGAAUGCAUGUCCAUAUGACAUUCAAACUCAUUUGUCUUAUCUAACCCCAUCCUCACUGGCCAAAAUUGAUCAACCACAGUCCCUCCUAUAUUGUGAAUAUCUUUAUUCUCUAGUGGUGCAAUCACAUUAGAUCAGGACUUUCCUCUCUUGUGUUGCUGUGAGUCACCUGGUUUUAACUAAGGGUAUGGGGGUAUGGAAUAAUAUCCUCAUACACUCAGUCACAAAGGAUGACCAAGAGAAAAUAGCCAGCAAAGGACAAUGCGUACAAUUUAAAUACAAGGACAUAAGGACCGAGUGCCCUCUUGGGUUGCUAUAAAAGACCCUUGAUGUAGGGCGGUUGGAUUCAGGCAAGCCUUUCCUUGUUUGAUAGUAUGUAACGGAAGUAAGAACAAACGAGUUAAAAAGGAGCUGUUAUUUCCUGAGAAGUGACAGUUACUUCUUCCUUCAUCCCAAUAAUCACAAUUUCAGUGCUUAUGGUGAACACAGCAGCAAAAAUAAGUAGAAAAAAACAAAAACUAAAAACUUACUUCCACUACACUGCCAUGCGUGCUCCGAUUUAUUUUCCCACAGUGCCAUACACAUAUGCAUGCACCAGCAUACGGCACUGUGAGGCUUAUCGAAAUUACACAGUUUAUCCAGCCUUGGCUGGAAAAGUAUGUAAGCUAAUAUUUAAAGAAAGAAAUCCGAUUUUUAAAUACCUUUUUUUUUUUUUUAAUUCUUUAUUUAUUGCGUGCAAAGAGAUAACAUUGCUUGGUGCGCCACAACAGCUGCUUCAAACAGAGAGAUAACAAGACGUACAUGGUUAUGGCAUUCGCAUAAGUUGCACAUUUUUAAAUUAUAUAUCAUGCAGACUAAACAGGCUAAUCAGUAUAAGUCUAGAGUAACUAUUUGAGCUUAUUGCAAUGCUAGUGUGGAAAACAAAUAGUAGGGUAGACUUUCUGAACUGUCCCAGCAGGCGUUAUAAAUGUGAUUUCGCAUAUAAGCAGCCAGUGCACUAUUUAGCUUAUAACAAUAAAGGAAAUAGAUAGUGAAAAGGUAAGGCACAUUAGUAGUGACAUGUUCAGCUUACGGUCUAAUAUGCUGAUGUGAGUCAAUGUCUAGUAUUCAUGAUACACGCUGUAGGAAUAUAUGCCAACGGAGAGAGUCAAAAACUUAAACUUAGCAUAUAGGGGGUAUAGGGCAUAUAAGCCAUUGGGUUUCCGCGUGUACAUUUGUUAUUUCCGUUACUGUUCAAAGUGGGUCUUGUACCGUUGGUAUCCGUAAGUCAGUGGCACAGUGGGGUAGGUUGUCAAUGAUGGUCACAAAAGUCAAAUCCUAGUGCUGCUGGAGACCAGUCCUGCAGUUUGAGUCCAUUAUCAGCCAAUGCUGGCGCUUGGGGGCUCGUUGUGGCUGUUGUGAAGCGGUGAAAAGGUGAUCUGGCAGCGGGUCUCGUGAGGGCUGCGUCCUUGCUCUGGACCUUGUGCCCGGCUGGCCGCUGCAGGGGUAGGUACAUAGGCGGCUGUUCGAUGGGGGUGAGGUGCGUCCUCUCUCCAGCCCCGGAAUGAAAGCUGACAUCCUUACUCCACGGACCCGGGCACUUCUCUGGGCAGGGUCCAUCCCAUGGCGGGAGUAACGGGGGGAGCUGAUGGUCUGCCGCCUUCUGUGGUGGCUGUCCCUCCGUCCAUGUGGGUGAUGCCUUCGGGACGUGCCCCUGGUGGCCCUCGGCCCAGGUGGUCCAGCAAUGUGAGGUGCAGGCUUGUCUGGGUGCUUUAGGCCUGAGGGGGUCCUCCUCACCCUCCGAUUCUUGCCACCCCAUCCUCCAUCUCGAGGAUUGGGCGGUGUAGCGAUUGUGUGGGUCUCCAGUUUGACCCAUAGCUGGUGGAAUUGCUCGCUUAGUCUCUGCAUCAUGCGGUACACAGUAACACAGAGCACAGGGCUGGUUCAUGCUGUUCGUUUGCCGUCUCGGCUGCCCAUGUGGUAGUCGCCAUUUUGGGUCGGGUCUCUUCGCUUGUUUGGACCCCGCGCAAGGUCCGCAUGUCGAGUUGUUUGCUUAGGGCAGUCGAGUAGGGACCGGGAUAACCCCCGCCGGUCCAAGGGGAGGGUGGGUAGAGGCUUGCAUGAUCUCGUUUGUUACCAGGAAGCAGGGAGGUCGGCCGCCUCUCCCAGCUCCGGUUUAGUAGGCCGCAACGGCGUCUCUCCGGUCUCUCGCAAAUUAAGGUCUUGGGGUUUAUCUCUGUGUUCCCACAGGGCUGUGCACUGCCAGUCAGUGGGUUUGAUCGCUGUGUGUUCAGGGUUAAAUCCGCUUUUAUUGCUUGUUUAGCAGGAGCUCAGGACCCACACGUCUGCUCCUCUUGCCAGUCAGGCUUUGCCCCCUAAAUAACCUUUUUUAGCACAACCAAAUGCUAACGUUUGUGCUAAAAAAAAUUGAUAUACAUCGUGUGUAUGUUUAUAUAUACAUUUUUCUACACCAUUGCAGUGUUGACUGUACAUUGAUUCAUUAACGUGUAAAAGCUUAAUAGUUCUCAAAAAUAAAGCCAUAGUUUUAAUAGAAUGGAUAAAAAGACAAAUUAUUAGUUGCCAGUAAAAUAACAAUUCUUUUUGCAGUGUUUAUACUGGCAUGCACAAAACCAAUUUUGCCCACAAUCACUGUUUCCUACAAACACUGUCGUGUUAGUUUGCUUAAUAUUUUAUUUUAAACUAACUACCCUCUCGCCUUUUUUCUCAAGUUGGAUAUGGGGAUCCCAGCAAUGACUAAAUGCUGUAACCAGUUGGAUAUCUGUUAUGACACAUGCGGGGCAAACAAGUACAGAUGUGAUGCCAAGUUCCGAUGGUGUCUCCACUCCAUAUGCUCUGAUCUCAAGAAGAGUCUGGGUUUUGUCUCCAAAGUAGAAGGUGAGUUACUUUUUACUAUCAAGCAAAAAGACCAACACUAUGACACUGAAAGUACCAAAAAAAAAAAAAAAAGUAAUGGAGGAGGUGGUGAGGAGUGACUGGACACAUACAUUCCACAAACUCAAACAGACUGCUGAAUCAAAUAGUAUGCAAGUCCCUAAUGAGAUAAGUGUCUCCACAAUUUGAGCAGAAUAAUUACCAAGUGUGUUCUGAGUGCUCAACUGUACAGUUCCACAAAACACCAGACAAAAAGUAAUUUGUAAAUUGUCCAUAAUUUUAUCCAUUACCCAUGAUUUGGUCAAAAAAUUCUACAGUUUUUCUUUUUUUUUUUUUUUGCUAAAAGUUUGUGGUUAAAUUGAUAGUUCCGUGAAAGAGUUUAUGUUUAAGACAUUUCACCGGAUUAUAUGGUUGAUACAUAGUACUGUUUUGAUAAGUCAACUCACAAUUUGAUGCUCAAUUAUAGGAAGGUUUCUCAUAAAUUGAAGAAUGGAUAUUUUAAAAUGAACUUUUCUUGAUCUCAAAGUGAUAUUCUAGGACUGUAAUGAUAUAAGGGAUUUUCUUCGAAACAUAGAAACGUGACGGCAGAUAAGAACCAUUCGGCCCAUCUAGUCUGCCCAAUUUUCUAAAUACUUUCAUUAGUCCCUGGCCUUAUCUUAUAGCUAGGAUAGCCUUAUGCCUAUCCUAUGCAUGCUUAAACUCCUUUACUGUGUUAACCUCUACCACUUCAGCUGGAAGGCUAUUCCUUGCAUCCACUACCCUCUCAGUACAGUAAUACUUCCUGAUAUUAUUUUUAAACCUUUGCCCCUCUAAUUUAAGACUAUGUCCUCUUGUUGUGGUAGUUUUUCUUCUUUUAAAUAUAGUCUCCUCCUUUACUGUGUUGAUUCCCUUUAUAUAUUUAAAUGUUUCUAUCAUAUCCCCCCUGUCUCGUCUUUCCUCCAAGCUAUACAUGUUAAGAUCCUUUAACCUUUCCUGGUAAGUUUUAUCCCGCAAUCCAUGAACCAGUUUAGUAGCCCUUCUCUGAACCCUCUCUAAGGUAUCAAUAUCCUUCUGAAGAUACGGUCUCCAGUACUGCGUACAAUACUCCAAGUGAGGUCUCACCAAUGUUCUGUACAAUGGCAUGAGCACUUCCCUCUUUCUACUGCUAAUACCUCUCCCUAUACAACCAAGCAUUCUGCUAGCUUGGAAUACAUUUUUUUUUUGCUUUUUAAUUGGGUAUUGAUUCUUUAGACAGAGUCAACUUAUAACUAACUGUUCUCCACUUAGCUAUAAACAACAACUUCUUAUCAAUAAAUUACAACCUGUACUUUAUCCUAAUCAAUAAAUUACAACCUGUAUUUAAUCCUAAAGUAGUUGCUCUGUUAAAUCCCCUACUAAGAAAAUAGAUUAAGUGUCAAAUAGUAAUGUUAAUCAUUGACUCUAGGGAUGUAAUGCCACAAAACCAUCUCCAUAAAGGAACACUCCCACCCCAUAAGACCUUCAGCUCAUCAAAGAUGUUAUGAGGACAGGAGUGUUUUGGCCCUGUCUCACUUUCAGCGAUUAAACAAUUUUACAAUGGCAAAACUCUGGUGUCAAACACCGAUAACAGUUUUCCAACAAUUUAGUCCAAAGGUUCAUCCUCUACUCUACCUGACACUCUUAGCCUGUUUAACUCCUGAAGGUAAGACAGUACCCAGACACUCUUGCCCCCUAACAACUUCAAUGAGCUUAUAUGCGUUGGAGUGUUCCUUUACAGAUGGUAUAAUACAUUAUAUUGCUUUGUCUUGCAAUACCCAUCAUCAUUAUAGAAUUUUAAAAGAUCUAGGUUGUCCAACGUUGAAUCCAGAUGUACUAUCUAAUAUUCUUAAUCUUUUAUACUCCACAGAGAAUUCUACAUAAAUUUUCCAAGAAAUACAGCAGUGUUUAUAUAUCUAUGUUUUCUUCAAUUCUAGCACUUUUUGUUCUUCAUACUUCUAAAAAUGGAGCAGGUUGAGCUCUUUAAUGGUAUGAUGGCAUCCCAGACAACAUCAACUGUUCUACCAAUUUAAUGUCUCUUGAAAAAUUAUGUGAAACAGAAUAUAACCUGUUGUUGUAUUUUAUUUUGUUUGCAAACUUAAACCCAUGAUUUCUAGUUUUGAAAAUUAACAUCGCAUUUGUUUGUUUUUUUAUAGCCUGUGAAUCAGUUGCAGAUACGGUAUUCAAUACUGUUUGGACUCUGGGAUGCAGACCAUUCAUGAACAGUCAGAGAACAUCCUGCAUCUGCAAUGAGGAGGAACGAGAAGAACUCUGAGGCAGGAGAUGCUUCUUGAUCAUCCACCAGACUCUCGUGAUAACCGCAGUAUUAUAUAAUUUUUCACCUGCAAGACUCUGCAAAGCUCACCUCUACUGGACAGCUAGUCAUCAAGAUCAACUUUAUAAUCUCAGCUGGUAAAGAGUUAUCGUGAUACCAAACUUUACUUAUUCCAUUUUGGGGCUAGAAACAUUUUCAUGAAAUGAACCCAAGCCACAGAAUCUAUAUGGUCUGAGUUUCAUACAAUAUAAGGAUUCUGAUGUUUACCAUUUAACACUGACAGUGGAGAUAAUUUAGUUUCUUUAUGUAUUGAUGUAUGCAUUGGACUUUGUUAAUAUACUUGUUCCCAAACAAGUAUGGCAGAGCUUCGAGCAACACAUGACAAACAAAUUUGUUUUUGUCUCAAUAAAGUAGCAUAUUAGUGGUUGCAGUAUUUUUUUUUUCUUAAGCUACCUUGUGCAGAAAAAUUAUUUAAUUAGUAAUGUCCAAUAAUUUAAAGUUUAGAUUACAUUAUUCUUCCAAACCAGAGUGUGUGUAUUGUUACGAAGCUAUUAUUGAGUGGAAGUUUGAUAAAGGUGUUGGAAGUACAUAAAAAAACCUAUUCUCCAAGGUUUUGAGAAUUAUAUUAAAAUUAUAUAUAUAUAUAUAUAUAUAUAUAUAUAUAUAUAUAUACAUAUAUAUAUAUCUCCUCUUGUCAGCAAGGGUUGACUUUAUCAUAAAUUUCAGAAUUUUGGAAUUUAUAAAAUCCAUUAUAUUUAUAUAUGUUUAUAGGCCCCCCCAUUGAGCCACCUAGGCUACUUAGCUUUAUUUGAGCAACACCAUCAAGUUCUAACAUUGACUGGUAUUGGUAACAUGUGUUUGCAUAUUUUUUUUUAUUAUCGAUGAAUUGUCUAAAUGGCAGAGUCGACCAACCUCUCCAAGUUAUUGGAGGCCCAAAAAACAACAACGUUGUAUUGGUGCCCAGAGUGUCCCUUUAAGCAGCCUCAUACUUUCCAAUUUAACUGUGAAUAAUCGUUGUCAACCAUAAAAAAAGAUUAAAGACUAAUGUAUUCAGAAAAAAAAGUGACUUGAGCUGCCCCUUAUUUGUGUAACAAUAUUUCAAUCCCUGUAUGGGCUUUCACUAGGCUUAGCACUUAACUGGCACCUGUCAUGUCCAAAACUACUUUCAUCCAUCCAUUAUGUUUGUUCCAGUCAGGUUUCCUUCACCCAUGUUUGCAAUGAAACUGCAAGGUGCUCGAUCUAUACACCAAAAUCAUUUUAUUAAAGUUGUUUUGGUGUUUAGAUUGUCCCUUUAAUGAAAACCAUUGAUGUUGUACAUGCUUGAGUAGAUCUUACGGAGUAUAUGCAGAUGGCUAGCUAAACAACCUCCUAACUCUGAACAUCUCCCCAUGGAUGGCAGAUGACCUAUAAUGCAAAAACCAUACAUCUGGUAUCACAUGCUUUACCGGAAGCAUAUUUACAUAUUAUGUGACAUAUGACCCUUUCAUUGUAUAUGAAAGCAGAUACAUUAUAAGUGGUAUUUACAUUUAAUAAAAAACAGCAAUACAACAAGUAGAAAGUAAUCAAAGAUCAUGAAUAAUCUAAAAACAUGUGCAUUUGUAACAUACAGGUGUCAUAUUUAGCACUUUAUGUGCUGCAGCCUUUUUUGCAAACAUGUCUUCUGUUGCUGUGCAACCUUUAGAAGAGAAAUUACGAGGUUGUAAUAAUGGGCUUGCCAGUCAAACUGUAGUGAUACAUUCACCCAUCAUCUUACAUACAGCGUGUUUCCAUAAUAUGCUAGGACAGCAAGGCAGUCUUUGGCACUACAUAAGUUGUGAACUACAUCUCCCCUUAUGAGUUGGCCGCAUUAAAGGAGAUGUGGUCCACAACAUCUGGAAUACCAAAGUAUCAAAGGGUAUUCUAAGAAAAAUGGUAUAGUUCUUUUCUUCUGAAAGAUUAGUCUAGGAAAGUAGUCAACUGUCAGAAAAAUAUUACUAACUGUUGCAGAGAACAUAUAGUAUCAUUAUAAAUACAUGCUAACUGGAGUAAACUGAUAGUUGAAGAUAAGCAUAUAUAAUAUGUGUGCGAUAUAGUGAAAGUUCAUGUAAAAGUUUUCAGUUAUAAUAUAUGCAUAUAUAUAUAUAUAGUGUGCAACUGAGAGUUAUUAAUGGAGACUUAUCAAAGUGUUCUGAUCUAAAGGUAUUCUAAAGCAUUACAAGUGGGACAAUAACCAUGGGAACCAGUAGAACCAGCAGAUACAUUCCAUUGCUGACUCCCCCAUUUUUACAACACUUUUUCGAAACAGAACCCAUUGAUAAACCCUGCCCCCCACGCUAUUUGAUGUAUUAGCCAAAACCAGAGGUGCUAAAACGUUUAACACUCCUAUACUGUGUAGCCAGUCCAUCAUGGGAAAUCGUUGGGGUUCCAAAGAUUUGUCAUCACUUUGUCUAACUCAUGGUCUGAUAUAAAUAUCCCUAUAAUUUAUAUAUAAUACAGAGUGGUGGGUUAAAAAAAAAUAAACGAAAAACAAGUUUCAUUUCAUGUUUGUUCAUUUGACAUAUGUUACUUUUCGUUAAAUUUUUUCCAUAGCUGUCAACUUGUAUUUCAUAGUUCAGCAUAUUGAACUGGUGACAUGGAAACCAUAAUUAUAAUGAUGCACAGAUUAUAAGUAUUUUCAGGGUUUAGUUAAUAGUAUCUGGGCACGGUUUGUAUGAAACACAUUUUUAUUUUCCUAAGGGUCUUUUUUUUUUUUGUACCUCUUAUGUUUGUGUGUCUGGAAUGCAAAUGAUUAACAAAACUCUAUAUAUCUUUCUAGCUUUUCUGAUGAGGGAUCAUCUCUUUUAAGUUAAACAUUCAAUCUGUUAGCCAUAGUUUAAAGAAACAACAAAAAGCCUGCCUGCUGUAGAUAAAAACGUAAUGAAAGCAACAGCAAGAAUUUCAGCUAUGCCUCACAUUUCGAAGAGGGAAUCUAACCGCAAAUCAAUGCUUUAUAUACAGCAUUGCAUUUCAGAGAUGAAACUACUCUUCCAUGUCUAUUAUGAUGGGACCUCCAGUAAGGAUAUGAUUUGCCACAGGGCUGGUUGUUUCUUGCAUAUUUGCUUCUCUACGCAUGCGUUGGCGACAUCCUUGAGCACAUCGAGAUCGCUCGUCUGUUGCUCCACAAACCAGGACCUGGCAGUGUAAAAACACUUCCU